CUAGUCUCGUGUGGUGAUGAUAAUUUUUUUAAAAUAAUACUAAUAAUAAUACAAUUUAUCGACCUCUGUUAACAAACAUGAUGUAGGCUCAAGGCGCUGUGAUAACAUUACAAACACAAACACGAGAGCUGAAAAGACAAACGGAUCUUAAAAAGGAUUUGAGCAGAUAGGUCUUAAUGCAAGACUCGUCGCCCGUCUUUCUCCAUUCCUCAUUUAAGGACAUUGAUUUAAUUAAGGAUAUUGAUUCUCUUAAGGAUUUUGAUUCAAUUAAGGAUAUUGAUUCUCUUAAUGAUAAUGAUUCACUUAUGGACUCUCUGAAGGAUUUUGGAUAGAUUAAGGAUAUUGGUUCAAUUAGGGUUAUUUGUUCAGUUUAGAAUAUUGUUGAGCUAAGUGGUAGAACUGAAAGAUCGUGCUAGGAUUGGAUUUUCACUAUUGACUUUAAGAAUUUCAGAGAAAUAUAAAACAAUACACUGAAGCCCCAGGUGAAACAAAUCAUAACAUGUCUUUUUAGGCUUUCGUGAAACGAGCUACGCAUAGGCAUAUCAUGUUUCGAAGGGUGGUAGGGUGAUUGUGUAGACAGCACAGUUUUUCACACAGUUCCUGUUGACGGUUAGUCAUCACUAAGGAUUGUAAUACAGAAGAGCAUUCGCCUUCUAAUUUGUCAACAGAUUGGACAGGCCACUGGGAAAACUCGGAUCUCAUUUCUUUGCUUUGUUUUAAUUCAGCUGGAAUUGAUGUCAUCCAAUUACCCACAUCUGCGAUUUAAAAGAAAACACCUUAAAAUUCAACCUCGCCGAUAAUUGCUUUAAGGAAAAGUUAAAUCUAUUUACUGACCCUGUUUUUUUGUUGUUUUUUUUGUCCCUGGGAAUAAAUUGCUUAGUGUUAUUCUAAGUAGUGUACUGAUGUGAUAUUUCUUUAUAUUCGGAAAAGUCGGAUUUUAGCCGGGAGACGUCUUAUAAUAUAUAAGAGAAAAAUAAAUUUGAUCGACAAGAGACUAAGAAGGAGUUAUUAGAAUGUCUUGGAGGACACGUUUUCAAGGGAAGUGGCCCACCAUGACCACCCUGUAUGACAACUAUGGCUUUGACGGUAGGGAUAAGUUCGAGUCUAUCAUGAUGAACUCCUCCGACCCUGGCGUCUUCCACAAUGGCAUCUAUGAACACAUGAAAUACGGAAGUGACCUACAGACUGUCACGGAUGAAACAGACUCUAACUAUAAGAAGGUCGGAACCUGCAGAGUUGUGGUUCUUGUGUCGCUUGUCUUCUUGCUCAUCGCUGUUAUUGUGGCGGCGAUCAUUCUGGCUGUAUUAUUAACAAAGACCAAAGAAGAUGCCAUUCCAACCAACGUGCAAGAGCUUCAGAUGAACAUGCGGAUUAUGAACAAAAUCUUUCUCCAGGACUAUGAGAACCGUUCCAGCGCAGCUUUCCUUCAGCUGGAGGAAGAGACGUGUGCACAGAUGAAGAACGUUUUUCCUGACCCGUCCAUCGAGUGCUCUAUUACUAAUGUUUUCAACGGAAGUGUGUACAUCGUCUUUCUGUUUCGUAUGCCCCGGAAGUCGUUGUCAGAUCUUAUAAUACUCAGGGCGAGUACUCUCAAACUUCUUUUAUUUGCGAUAUCUACUGGGAAGAUCGGACAACUGAUAGUCGAUUCAACGUUUGGCUGUGAUUUGGAGGCAGAUAAGCUUUCGUAUUUUAACUGCCAGAGAGCUACAUCGUUAUCAAGUCCUGCAUCUUCCACUUCCCAGGUCUUGGCGACUACAGGGCAGCUCUUGAAGUCUAGUACUGAAACUAUCUCACAGAGUUCUGCAGUCACGCCGGUCGUUUCGAAAAGCAUAGAAUCUACUGGCGGUACCGUCCCAACGAGUAUCGAAUCUACCAUCAGCUCUCUGCCUACCAUCUCAAAGAGCUUUGUAUCUAACAGCAUAUCUAGUCCAACCAUCUCAGCAAGUAUUGACUCUACCAUCAGUUCUACGCCUACCGUCUCAACGAGUAUGGAAUCUGCCAGCAUCACUAGUCCAACCAUCUCAACUAAAAUAUCAGAUUUGAGUUCCUCAGUAAUACGACCAAUAGCUUCCUCUUCAACCGAUUUUGGAAGCACACCUGCAGCAGCUGCAUUAACUUCCUCUUCAACAGUUUUUGGAAGCACACCUACAGCAGCUGCAUUAACUUCCUCUUCAACAGUUUUUGGAAGCACACCUGCAGCGACUUCCUUAACUUCCUCUUCAACCGAUUUUGGAAGCACACCUGCAGCAGCUGCAUUAGCUUCCUCUUCCACAGUUUUUGGAAGCACACCUGCAGAGACUUCAUUAACUUCCUCUUCAACCGAUUUUGGAAGCACACCUGCAGCAGCUGCAUUAGCUUCCUCUUCCACAGUUUUUGGAAGCACACCUGCAGAGACUUCAUUAACUUCCUCUUCAACCGAUUUUGGAAGCACACCUGCAGCAGCUGCAUUAGCUUCCUCUUCCACAGUUUUUGGAAGCACACCUGCAGAGACUUCAUUAACUUCCUCUUCAACCGAUUUUGGAAGCACACCUGCAGCAGCUGCAUUAACUUCCUCUUCAACAGUUUUUGAAAGUACACCUGCAGCGACUUCAUUAACUUCCUCUUCAACAGUUUUUGGAAGUACACCUGCAGCAGCUGCAUUAACUUCCUCUUCAACAGUUUUUGAAAGUACACCUGCAGCGACUUCAUUAACUUCCUCUUCAACAGUUUUUGGAAGUACACCUGCAGCAGCUGCAUUAACUUCCUCUUCAACAGUUUUUGAAAGUACACCUGCAGCGACUUCAUUAACUUCCUCUUCAACAGUUUUUGGAAGUACACCUGCAGCGACUUCAUUAACUUCCUCUUCAACAGUUUUUGGAAGCACACCUGCAGCAGCUGCAUUAACUUCCUCUUCAACCGAUUUUGGAAGUACACCUGCAGCGACUUCCUUAACUUCCUCUUCAACAGUUUUUGGAAGCACACCUGCAGCGACUUCAUUAACUUCCUCUUCAACAGUUUUUGGAAGCACACCUGCAGCGACUUCAUUAACUUCCUCUUCAACCGAUUUUGAAAGCACACCUGCAGCGACUUCAUUAACUUCCUCUUCAACAGUUUUUGGAAGCACACCUGCAGCGACUUCAUUAACUUCCUCUUCGGAUAUUGUAACUAUACAAAUAAGCGUUACCUCAGACAGAGAAUCAGUAACUACAGUACCAUUAUUUAGUAGCUCCAUUAAAUUGUCUUCGUUUACCUCAUUUAGUAGUACAGUUAUUCCGACUUCUUCUAUGACUGUAACAUUUGUUACAAAGUCAGUUGAUUCAUCUUUGUCUAUGGCUGUAACUCCAAUUAGUAGCAUUAUUGAUUCAUCUUUGUCUGUGGCUGUAAAACCAGUCAGUAGCUUUGUUGAUUCAUCUUUGUCUGUUGCUGUAACUCCAAUUAGUAGCAUUAUUGAUUCAUCUUUGUCUGUGGCUGUAAAACCAGUCAGUAGCUUUGUUGAUUCAUCUUUGUCUGUGGCUGUAACUCCCAUUAGUAGCAUUAUUGAUUCAUCUUUGUCUUUGGCUGUAAAACCAGUCAGUAGCUUUGUUGAUUCAUCUUCCUUUAUGGUUGUUACACCAGUUAGUAGCUUUGUUGAUUCAUCUUCGUCUUUGGCUGUAAAACCAAUUAGUAACUUUGUUGAUUCAUCUUCGCCUUGGGCUGUAACAUCAGUUAGUAGCUUUCUUGAUUCAUCUUCGACUAUGGCUACAACACUAGCUAGUAGCUCAGUCGAUUCAUCUUCGUCCAAAGCUGGAUUGGCAGUAAGUAGCACAGUUGAUUCAUCUUCGUCAUUGGCUGUAACACCAGUUAGUAGCUUUGUUGAUUCAUCUUUGUUUUUGUCUGUAGCACCAGUUAGUAGAUUUGUUGAUUCAUCUUUGUCUGUAACACCAGUUAGUAGCUUUGUUGAUUCAUCUUUGUCUGUAGCACCAGUUAGUAGAUUUGUUGAUUCAACUUCGUCUAUGGCUACAAUACCAGUUAUUAGCUCAGUUGAUUCAUCUUCAUUCAAAGCUGGACUGUCAGUUAGUAGCUUUAUUGAUUCAUCUUUGUCAGUAACACCAGUUAGUAGUUUUGUUGAUUCAUCUUUGUUUUUGUCCGUAACACCAGCUAGUAGAUUUGUUGAUUCAUCUUCGUCUUUGGCUGUAGCACCAGUUCGUAGCUUUGUUGAUUCAUCUUCGUCUAUGGCUACAAUACCAGCUAGUAGCUCAGUCGAUUCAUCCUUAUUCAAAGCUGGACUGUCAGUUAGUAGCUUUAUUGAUUCUUCUUCAUCUUUGUCAGUAACACCAGUUAGUAUCUUUGUUGAUUCAUCUUUGUCAGUAACACCAGUUAGUAUCUUUGUUGAUUCAUCUUUGUUUUUGUCCGUAACACCAGUUAGUAGAUUUGUUGAUUCAUCUUCGUCUUUGGCUGUAGCACCAGUUCGUAGUUUUGUUGAUUCAUCUUCGUCUAUGGCUACAAUACCAGCUAGUAGCUCAGUCGAUUCAUCCUUAUUCAAAGCUGGACUGUCAGUUAGUAGCUUUAUUGAUUCUUCUUCAUCUUUGUCAGUAACACCAGUUAGUAUCUUUGUUGAUUCAUCUUUGUCAGUAACACCAGUUAGUAUCUUUGUUGAUUCAUCUUUGUUUUUGUCCGUAACACCAGUUAGUAGAUUUGUUGAUUCAUCUUCGUCUUUGGCUGUAGCACCAGUUCGUAGUUUUGUUGAUUCAUCUUCGUCUAUGGCUACAAUACCAGCUAGUAGCUCAGUCGAUUCAUCCUUAUUCAAAGCUGGACUGUCAGUUAGUAGCUUUAUUGAUUCUUCUUCAUCUUUGUCAGUAACACCAGUUAGUAUCUUUGUUGAUUCAUCUUUGUCAGUAACACCAGUUAGUAUCUUUGUUGAUUCAUCUUUGUUUUUGUCCGUAACACCAGUUAGUAGAUUUGUUGAUUCAUCUUCGUCUUUGGCUGUAGCACCAGUUCGUAGUUUUGUUGAUUCAUCUUCGCCUUUGGCUGUAAUACCAAUUAGUAGCUUUGUUGAUUCAUCUUCAUCUUUAUAUGUAACAACAGUUACUAGAUUUGUUGAUAGUAGCUUUGUUGAUUCAUCUUUGUCUUUGUCUGUUACACCAGCUAUUAGCUCAGUCGAUUUAUCUUCGUCGAAAGCUGGGUUGCCAGUUAGUAGCACAAUAUAUUCAUCUUCGUCUAUGGCUUUUACACCAGCUAGUAGCUUUGCUGAUUCAUCGUCGUCUUUGGCUGUAGCACCAGUUAGUAGCUUUGCUGAUUCAUCUUCGUCUAUGGCUUUUACACCAGCUAGUAGCUUUGCUGAUUCAUGGUCGUCUUUGGCUGUAACACCAGCUAGUAGCUUUGCUGAUUCAUCGUCGUCUUUGGCUGUAGCACCAGUUAGUAGCUUUGUUGAUUUAUCUUCGUCUAUGGCUACAACUCCAGCUAGUAGCUCAAUCGAUUCAUAUUCAUCUAAAUCAGUACUGCCAGUUGAUUCAUCUUCUUCUUGGGCUACAAUACCGGUCAGUAGCUCAGAAACUCAGUCUACGUCUGUAACUGUAUUCAAAGUUAGUAACUCAGCAGAUUCAUCUUGGUCUUUGGAUGCAACACCAAUUAGUAGCUUUGUUGAAAUAUCCUCGACUACGGCUGCUACACCAUCUAGCACCUUAGUAGACCCAUCGCUGUUUUCUUCUGUAACUCCAAUCAGUAGUAUAGUUAAUUCAUCAUUGUCUGUCACAUCAGUCAGUAGCUCCAUUUAUCCAUCUUACUCUGCCAGUAUCACUAUAUAAUCAGUCCAUUCCCAACAUUGAAUUCAACUAAUGCAUUAGGCAGUUCUGUAUAAUUUGUUCUAUUUUUUCUAGCUUACUGGCAUCAACUAGUUGUCACUUGUCCUUGACAUUCACCCAUUAGCUAAUAUGGUAAGCGGUUAAUAUUACCCGACGCUAAUUUAGCUGUUUUUGCAGCGCGGCAAGUAGCGAACACUAUUGUAAAAAAAUGUUUGUAAAAUGUUUUACUUAUUUCGGAUGUUCCUUCAGAGUUGAAGAUAAUUACUUCCUAGUCCAAACCUCCCGCAGGACGACGGGGGAUGGGAGCGGGCAGGGUUUGAACCCAUCGAUAAGUCCGAACGACAGUCCAGCGUGCAAACCGCACGACCAGACAGCCAUUGGUGUUCCUAUAUGUACAAUUCAACGUGUCACUGAAAUAUUCAAAUGUGUAAUCAAUGCCAGGCUAUACAAUAUCCUCUUAAAGUUUUAUUAUUUAGCACAGUUAAAUUAUUUUCAGGAUAAAUUGAACAAUGUCAAGGACGCUCAAUUAAACGUCACUGUUGCCAACUAAACUUAAAAAAAAAUGAGCUCUAAUUUUAACAACAUCUCAGUGCCUGGCACCUCCGUCAAAAGUUUAUUUCACAUAUCAUUUUACAAUCGCUAGUAAGUGGCCCCCUUUUUUUUCUGGGGAGGGGGGGAAGGGGGAAUAUAUGAGUAAAAUUCUAAUGCUUCCUUCAUUGGGAGUUUGUGUGUGUGUGUGUGUGUGUGUGUGUGCCUGCUUGCGUGCUAGAAACGGAAGAGGUUAGAAAAUCUCAUUCGGCAUUGCACACGUGUGCACACAGAUUUAUCAUAUACUUUUAAAGAAAUCAGAGUGUCAAUAUUUCUUUUAGUUCUUACACCGGAUACACCUAAAAAGCUUGCUAUUUAUAGUUUUCUCGCCAUUACGAAAAUUUGAAUUUGAAUCUAUUCGCGCUAUAUAAUUUUUUUUUAUAUUUUAUUUUUUAUUUAAUGUAGCCACAAUUCGUUCGUAUUAUAGUUGGACCUCUUUUAAUUAAAUAAUAGAGUAACAGUUAACUAAUAUUAACCUUAGCUGUAUCAUGAAACACAUUUAAUUAUAAUAAUAUUCAGAUUGUUAACAUCAAUUUUACAUCACAGAUUCCUAGUAAAUAUAUGCUUUAAAUAGCACAUUUGCCUGUUGCAAAUCACGCAAACCUUACAUACUUCAUUUUGCUUCAUAAAAUAGUUCCAGCUAUUGCUGGCGCUUUUAUAACCCAAUAACUAUUGAGCACAAGAAGUAUACAACUUAAAUGAACAAAAGAAAUUAUAAUAGUAAUAAAAAUAACAAUACCUUUUAUUUUCCAUGAGGAAAUUAAUCUUCCAGUGUGUGCGUUAAAAAUACAUUAUAACUAAAGAAAUUCCCCCUAGUUUCACUCAAACGGAACACGUGAAAUCUGUACAUCGGAUAGAUCCAUUCUAUUCAAUGAUUUGAUUGCCAGUGGAACAAAGAAGCUUUUAUGGCUGUUUUUGUAAACAGUAUCUUGUAUCUCCUUUGGGAUGGUAAAAUCUCAAAAGCCUUUUAAUUUUGUUAACAAUAUGUCAGACAUUUGCAAUUGUAAAAUCCAAGAUAAAGUUAAAUAAAUCAGAAUUGAUAAUGCUUUUAAUUGACUUAUGACCAAGGAGGGUAUCAUUCGUAAUGUCAUUAAUUGGAAGACCUUAUGACUUUUUAAUGAGAUAAGAUUCAAGUUUAAAUUUCGUUAAAUUUGUGUGUGUGUGUAUGUGUAUGUGUAGUUUGUUUGUGUGUAAUGUUUAUUGAUGAUCUUUGUGAUGGCAUGAUCUUAUAGUUGGGAUGUCAAAGAUCUUAGAAAUAUUUUGAAAUAUCUUAUGAUUGUGAUGCCAAAGAUCUUGGAAGUGUUUUGAAAUGAUAUUACAAUUGUGAUGUCAAAGAUCUUGUCAGCUUCAUGGCCAAAGUUCUGAUUAGCAGUGUAGAACAGUAAGGGGCAUAACCCAUUUAAUUUUUUCUCUCUAGACUUCUUAUAAUAGAAAAAUAAACUUUGUCCUAAUGAACAUUGUGUUAUCUUAAAAGAUGUAAUUAAAACAUGUGAUUAAAACAUGUAGUUAAAUCUUCCGAAAAGAUGGAAUUAAAUGAUGCAAUUAAAUGAUAUAAUUUUUAAAAUGCCAUUAAAAGAAGUAUGUAAUUAUUUACAAAAUCGAUAUCAUUAUACUGGGACGGACUGGGUGUCAAAAUAGGAUAGAGUACUACUACACAAAUUGGCUCAUAAAUUGCCUGAAGAGCAAAUUAUAGGCAUACCUGUACUCAAAACCAUUAUGUUAAGCUUGAGUAUCGAUAACUGUACACAUACAUACAGUGAGCUCUAUAUUUAUAUAAAUAUAUAUAUUAUAUAUAUAAGGAAUAUAGGCCUUUUGGUGCCUUUUAAUCGCUCAGUGUGUAGCCCUUAAAAGGAUGAAGCCUACUAGUAGCACUGCGUACGGAUGCAGGCUAUUACGUUAUAUUGAAACAUGUGUUAGAUUAAAUUAGUAUUACACUGUAGAGAGAUUUCUUUCAAUUACGACGAUCAGAGGGCUCUCUUUAUAAGAGAAUAUUCUAAAACCGUAAACAAUGUAAUACAUAGUGGUUUCCUUGCGGCCCUUUCGGUGGCCCUACGGGCCCAUUUAGGUACCCAUAAAGCCAGUCCACCCCUGUCCUUAUAUUACAAAUAUUUAAAAAAUUGUAUUAAACACGCAGGUAUUUAAACAUUUUUGAACUCCCUAUUGAAAAACAUAUUCAAUUAAACUUUACUGUAUGAUACUUUUCUUAUGAUAAUUAGUCAUUAGAGCACUCAUAGAAUAUAAUUAUUUGCAAGGCUUGGCGUCUGGUAAAGACAUAUUGUGAUAUGAAUAUGAAAUUUGCAUUUUAUUUCUUCUGUUGCUUCCAAAAUCUGGCAGGUCCAGUUUCUGAAAAGUCAAUUUAAUGAUGUGUAUAUAUUUUAAUGCAUUAAUUAUUAACAGACAUUUUGUUCGUAAAAUAUCAUGAAAUUUUUAUGUAUUUACUUCUUUAAAAUUAUAUGUCACUACAGUUACUUUUUUUUUUAUAUCUAUCAAUACCUAAUGUAAGAAAUGUAUAUUCCUCUUACUUGUGUUAAUAGUGUUCAUAUUAUAGGAUGUAUGCAAGAUAUAUAUAUAUAUAUAUAUAUAUGUGUGUCUAUAAUAGACCUUGUUUGAAAUACAAUGUGAAUAUGUUCUGCCACCCCUAUUGUUUAUAGUCUGUUCGAUUCCUAUGUAAAAAUAUUACCUCCUACAUCAGGUAAAUGAUUUAUGAAUAAAAGUUGCACAAAUUAUUUUGCCCAAAGAGAAGUAGCUUUUCCCUUGAGAGCUUACGAUGUAUUCCAUUCUCGUCUGCUAAUAGUCUCCCUUUGUUAUCUUCCCUUCUGGUAUUCCCCCCUUGCAGAUUUUCAUAAAAUGGAGGCAAAUCCAAAAAUAGCAGGCUUGGUGUAUCCGAUGUAGUGAUUACGGAACUAUUUAUAAACUAUUCAUUAUGAAAAUAAUUUAAUAAUUUUUGUUUAAAUUGUAAGCUCUGUAGAAUAGUGUUGAAUCAAAUGUCCCAUCUCUUUCACUUUCAGCACAAGGCCUUUAUAUAUUUAAACAAAGAAAGGAUAACUCUAAAAAGAUUUUUGUUUGAAAAUCUCCAAAAGUAAACUCAGAAAAAUAAUCAUAGUUUUAUCAAUAAUUAGUCCAUUUUCAAACUGAUAUUAUCAUGUUUCAAUUUGAACUGAAUUAUCAUAUUUUUACAAAUUAUCAGUCCAUCUUCAAAUUUAUAUGAUUGAAUCCGACUGUAUUAUCCUGCUCCCUUUUUCUUACAUAUAAUUUUGUAUUCUAUUACUUUCUCUCUAAGUGACAGUUGUUCUCUAGUCUGUUCUGAUGAGUACCGUUGUUAUGGUAUGUUAUGGAAAACAUAAUCUUUCAAUGUUUAUUAAGCAAUUAAUUAUUGUGUAUAAAAUGUUUUCAUGUUGAUAAUGAUGUGUACAUUUAUGUGAUAUUUUCAUAAUAUCAACUCUGCACUGCUGUAUUGACAAGCAAACAACACAUAAAAACAAUAGUUUUUUGUACAAACGAAUUUUCAAUUGCUUUGAUUUUAGCCUGUAAAUCAGGGGUUCUCAACCUGUGGGUCGCGAUCCUCUUGGGGGUCGAUUGACUAUUUGCCAGGGGGUCGCUUAAGACCAUCGAAAAUAUGGAUUGCUAUUGUCUACCCUUCUGUUGCUGUAUGUGUGUGUCGGGGAGGGGGGGGGUCGCGGCAGAGUGUG